AUGUCAUUCGAUCGGCUUAACUCCCUAGAAGCCCAACCUACAACGUUACGUCGUUCCGAUGACCCGCAGUAUCGAGAUGAUCCCGAAUUCCACCGCCUUACGGAGUCUCUAUCCAACCAACUAUUCAACUUGACUUCAAACAUCACCCGCUUGUCGGAUCAGAUCGCACUCCUAGGCACAAAGCGCGACACAGAACGGGUGCGCGAGCGCGUUCAUAAUCUUCUGGAACAGACUCGAUCCGGCUUCAAGGAUGUGGGAGAGGGUAUCAAGAAGGUCCAAACUUGGGAAGACGUCAAUCCUUCCCAAAAAUGGACACAACAGAAGUUGUCGACGGAAUUCAAGGCCACACUAGACGAGUUCCAGACGGUGCAGCGCCGGGCCCUGGAGAAACAACGAGCCUCCGCAGUUGCUGCUCGCACCGCCGUCGAAGAAGGCCAUCAUGCUCCGGAGGAGGCCGAAGCCCACCAGCAGGAGCAACAACUUACGGAACAACAGCCCCGUCUUGCGAAUCAAGACGAAGUCGAUUUCCAGGAGGCUUUGAUCAUCGAGCGCGAAACGGAAAUUCGCAACAUUGAGCAGAGUGUUGGAGAACUCAAUGAGCUAUUCCGGGAUGUGGCACAUAUCGUCCACGAACAAGGUGGUCAGCUGGACAUCAUCAGCGAGAAUGUUGAACGAGUCACCGACAGCACUCGCGGUGCCAAUGUCGAGCUCCGUAGUGCCAGCAGACACCAGAAGAAUGCGCGUAACAAGGCGUGCUGUUUGCUCGUUAUCCUUGCUGUCAUUUUGGUAAUUAUCGUUUUGGCUGCUACACUAGGCUAA